AUGAGCAGUAAUUCUAGAGUGGGAGCUAGUCAAAUCCCUAAUCCAUUUCAAUCGGCGGGGAAUGUUUCUUUGGGAUCCAUUCCAUCAGCUGCAACAUUUAGGCAUGAAUCACAAAUACCUUUGCCCUCAUUCUCUCAGCCUACUGUGAGUUCUACAUUACAAUCACAAGAACGAGAAACUGCAACAAAUUUACCCGUAAGAAGAAAUAGUGUGAAUUCAACAUCGGGACUUGCAAAUAUGAUGAAUAAGAGCCUAAAUAAACAAAAUACUCAGGUGCAAAGUUCUAAUUUAAGGAAAAGAUCUAGGACCACUAUGAUCACGAAUGAACAGGAGGCGAAACAGAAUGAUGCCAUGAUACCCAAUACAAGAAGAAAAAGUCUUCCCAGUAGAUCGAAUAACGAAAUUUAUACCAAUCCUGAUAGGAAACCAUCUCGUUAUUCAAAUCUAGGCUUGGCUCCAACUACAGAUUUCUUAAGAAAUGAAUCUCAAUAUUAUAAUAGUAGUAAUAAUAAUAACAGUACCUUGACUAAUAGAGAUACAAGACCCUUGAGAGAUAGAAAUUUUCAACAAGCAAUUCAAGAGGAAAUUAUUAACUACCUGAUUAAAAAUAAAUUCGAUAUUGAAACCAAUCACCCUGUGUCUAUUAAAUCAUUAAAACAACCCACUCAGAAGGGAUUCCUAAUAAUAUUUAAAUGGUUAUAUCAAAGAACAGACCCCGGUCAUAAAUUUAACAAAUCAAUUGAAUCUGAUGUAUAUCAAGUCUUGAAAAACUUACAAUACCCUUAUUUAGAAUCGAUCAAUAAAUCACAAAUAAGUGCCGUAGGUGGUUCAUCCUGGCAUAAAUUCCUCGGGAUGUUACAUUGGUUAGUUAGAGUCAAUAUGAAACUUGAUCAAGUGACGGGUAAAAUGGAUGAUGUGAUUGAGAAUCAACCCACACAGGAGAUGAUAUCGAUUAAUAAACCUGUCAAGACUCUGGAUGAACAAAACCAUAUCCAGGAAAAAUAUGAAUUAAUGGUGGAAAAUUUGUUUAUUAGUUAUAUCACUGAAUCUUACAAGAAUUUUUUAAAUGUUGAUGAUAAUUAUGAAGUACCAAUGGAAAAAUUAACUUUAGGAUUUGAAAAAUUUACUCAUAUCAUAGAGAGUGAUGUUUAUAAUUUAAAUUCACAAAAUGAAAAUUAUUUUAAGAAAUAUCAAUACGUUCAAAAGGUAAGUGAAAGAUUCACAACAUCGAUGGAAAAAUUUAAUGCUCUAAAGAAUGAUUUAGAAAAAUUUAAAAAAUACAUUGAUUCGAUGGAAGUCAAAUCUCAGGAGUGGCCUAAAAAAUUAAAGAAAAUGAAUGAAGAAUUAAUGAAAAAAAAAGAUGAUGUUACAAAUAUUGAGACAAACAUUCGUGAAAUUUUAAGAACAUUGGAUCUUAAGGGUCUCUCCGUAGAGACAAUAGAUGACAGAAACAAAGAAAAGACACAGCUUCUGGAAAAGUAUGACACAAUAACUGACAAUUGUGAUAGAUUAACAGGUAUAAUAAAGACCAAAAAAUAUGAAAAUAAUGGAUUAGUACGAAACUUAAUUAGUGUACAGAAACAAUACGAGUUAUCCUUAGAUAGAUUCUUUCAGGAGAGAUCAGAGACAUUCGGUAUAAAAGAAAAUAAUGAAACUAAGAAUAAGUUCCAAAUAAAGAUUAAUGAAUCGAAUUUAACAAAUGUCGAUGAAUCGAUCCAAGUCAAACAUAGUGAUUUAUCUGAUGGUCAAUAUGGUCCCUUAGCAACUUCACUAUUAGAGAGUCAAAAAGAAGAAUUCCAAAAACUUUUACAAGAAAUUAACUUGAAAAGUGAAAAGUUGAAUAUUGAUAAUGAUAUAAUUAAGGAAAAAAUCUUAGAUCUUCAAGAUGAAAUAAAACUAAAAAAUGUAGAAUAUCAAAAAAGAGAAAAGACAUUAUCUGAAUUGAAAUCACAAAUCGUUUCGCAGAAACAAAAGAAUGAAAGUAAUUUGGUGAUCCAACGGAUCGAACUUGAAGAACUUCAGAACAGAAAUCAAAGAAUUCUUAAAGAUAUGGAAAGACGUGUAAAAGAUGCAGAAAAUCAGUUACAAGAAAAAGAGAGAGAAUUGGAGACGUGGAAAUUGAAUGCUGCUUCAGAAUCUACCCAGUUGAAACAAAAGACACAAGAGAUAAUAGGACAUUCAGUAGAUUUUAAAACUACAAUUGAAAAAUCGAUUAUUACAACGAAGGAAGAUAUCUUAAAGGCACUUCAGGAGAUAGAAGAAUUUAAAUUAAAUAAAUAG